UGGUGGAAGGUAAUAUCUCACGUGUUGUGUUGGCGUGAGACUAGGAAGUAGGAACAAGACGGUGCUGGAAUCAAUCUAUACUGUAGUCUCCUUUUCCAUUUUCUAUCAAUUCUAAUUUCUAGGGUUCUAAAUUCUAAUUAGUUUUCAAAUUACCUUUCUUCAACAUCAUUCAAUCUUCCACGAUAAACCCGUGAAUCUCAUUUUCAAUCUCAAUCUUAAUCUCAAUCUCAAUCUCAAUCUCAGUCUCAAUUUCAAUCUCAAUUUUAGUCUCGACUCUCCCUGGUCUUCUUUACCUCAACGUUCAAUCUUGCUCAUUUUGGUAUCCUCUGAAUUUCUCUCUCCCUCAAUUAUGUGAAGCACACUAUUCACUAUUCACAUUAUUCGUUGUCAUAAACUUAUUAAUCCAUAUGCCUAUGGCAUGCCAAGUUAUUAUACGGUCAUGGACCUUGUCUACUUUAGUUGGUGCCUUUCUUGACCUGGCUAUUGCCUUCUUCCUCCUAUGUUCUUCUGCAGUGGCCUUUUUUUUGGCUAAAUUUCUUGCCUUCUUUGGGUUAACCCUCCCAUGCCCUUGCAAUGGCUUCUUUGGCGUUCUUACUCGACAAUCUCCCUGUCUCCAGCGCCUCUUACUUGAUUUCCCCACCAAUACCAUUUCCUCUGUUCAGCUGUCUGUCAAGACCAAGUUUCCCUUUGAUUCCAUUCUAGCCAGAAACCAGCCCUGCCAACUUAACUUUAAGCUUUUGAGAGAAACAAUCUCCGAUGGCGGUGUGCUUGAGUUAGAAGGUGAAGCAUCCUGCAGUUGUUGCUCUGAUUCCAGAAGCUCUCAACACACUCUUUCUGCUUCAAACUCCUUUGGUGAGUUUGACAUUAAGACCAAGACUGCUGCUACUCAAAGGCCAAGAGUUGGCCUUAGGCGUGGUCGCAGAGAAAGCAUUCAGUAUGGAAUCCUUACAUCAUCCUCUUCUUAUGAUCACUUGAGGUCUGACACCCGUGCCAUUCCUCGGUCUACUUCUGAUCCUAGUAUAUUAGAGGUUGUUGAAAAUUCAACACUCUUCAACUUCCACGAAAGGACAGUACCAGAUUUUGAGUCCCAUCAUGUAACUGAUGAGAAUAAACUCAUUUAUGAAAACGCAAUAUCUUCUGAGAACCUCAAGAACAAUUUGAGGCUAGAUCAUGGGCAUGGGGUUGAUGGUGAAGCUGAAAGUGCAAUCAGGAUUUUGGAACUAGCACUUGAGGAAGAGCAAGCUGCUCGUGUUGCAUUGUGCACUGAGCUAGAGAAAGAGAGACUUGCUGCUGCCACAGCUGCAGAUGAAACGAUGGCCAUGAUUUCACGACUGCAAGAGGAGAAGGCAUCCAUUGAAAUUGCUGCUCGACAGUAUCAAAGGAUAAUUGAAGAAAAAUCAAUUUAUGAUGCUGAAGAAAUGGAUAUACUUAAAGAGAUUAUUGUCCGGAGAGAGCGGGAAAAACAUUUCUUGGAGAAGGAAGUUGAAGCCUAUAGGAAGGUGUUCCAAGAAAAUAGUGGGUUGGACUGCCAGUCAAAUAUUACACAAGGACAGAAUGAGGGCUCUAUUAUUGAUUUUUCUGCGGAUCCUAUGCUGAUUCUGCAGCAACUCAGUGAAUCAAUAGAUAAACGGAGAUGGUUUGAGAAUAUGAGCAACUAUCCUAGUUAUACCCCUGCCCAUGUUAGGAAGCAAAUUUCCACUCUGCCUGAGGGGAAAGAAUCGUCUAUCCUUCAACCAGACCAUGAUAUUCAAGUUAUAAAUGAACCAGAAUGUUCUCAGCGUUCAAGUAUUAUUCCAGGUUAUCCACAUAGCGAUGAUGAAACUAUUCAAGAUGUACAGGAAAAGGGAAUGCUAUCUACAGAUAAGAAUACCUAUCCUCAGCUGUGUGAGUCAAGCAGCUCUCAAGGUAAAAAUAGUGAUGUUUAUCCUCAGCAGAGAACAAUAUGUGAUGUAGUAAAACCUUCUGAUGGGGAGCCUCAUGUACAUGAUGUCUAUAUCAUUGAUUCCAAAUCUAGUGUCUCCAAAAAUACUGAUGAGAUGGAAGAUUGCCAACUUCUCAUGCAUAACAAUGCUUAUAAUGUAGCUAGAAAACAUGAAUCUCCAUUGUGGUCAUCUGAUUCUCAGAAGUUUGAUGGUUCUGCUGACAAGAGUUUGAAGGUUGAAUUAGAGAUUAAUAGAAGCUCCUCAGACAUAGUUGAUCGGUUUCCAACAGCUAGCAGCUCACCGGAUAGAAGUUUUGUCUCUGAUUUACGGCGCAAUACUUUAUCAGUUGUUGAUCUCGAGAGACUGAAAAUAGACAGUGAAAUUGGAUGGCUUAGAGCGAGAUUGAGGGCUGUUCAGGAAGAGAAAGACAAGCUCAAGAGCUCUUUGGAGCACCGGGAGAAGGGGAAAAACGAACUGCAGCUUCUUGAGGAUAUAGCUGGUCACAUCGAAGAGAUACAUCAUCUAACAACACCUGAGAAGGCUGCACGCCAGGCCUCUCUACCACCUUUAUCUGAUAAGGCCACGUCAAAGAAAAGACGUUCUCGAAGUGUCUCACAAGGAGUUGGUCGAAAUGAUUCAAGUUAGGGUAUUGAGCCUUGUGUUCUGCAUGAUCCGAAGGCUUUCAUCUGUGCUUUUCAGGCCCCAGGGAUUUAGAAGCCUAUACAAUUUGAAUAUGUUGAAAGCUGUAGAGCACUUGACAAGCAAUGAGUUUCAGUAAGUUGUGCAGUUUAUAAUUAGAACCUCAGGUUAAUCUUCUAUUUUUUCUUUCCCGAAGCAGUCGAUAACUCUUGCUAAGAACUCAUAUGGGGUUGUAGGCUUCCCACAGAAUGUUUUGUAUAAUUUACUUGACAUGUGAAUAUGUACAUGUAUAUGCACGUAUAUAUGCUUAAAGAAAUCACUUUGAUAAUGAAUGUAUGAAUUAUGAGAAGCCCCUUUCCAAAUCUUCUUUUUGUUGAGUUGCAGCAGGAGUAUGGGUCACUGGACCAGAGCAAGCUAUGGAGAUGUGGACUUUGUUAAGGAAGAACGCCCCAAAACUUUUGGGCCAAAGUAUUGCAACUUAAUGAUGUGCUUGUUACAAGAAGUAGUUCAAUGCUAGCACUUAAACAUGGAUUGGCCAUUGCGGGUAUUGUAAUCUGUAGUCAUCUAAUUUCAAGAGUGCUACUGCCACGAUCUAUAAGCCUACAGGAGCUAGAAAGAUUUUAAAACUAGGGUGUACGUAUCAUACGCCUAAUCUAUCUUUCCUAAUACAGCUACUCUAGACAAGCUCAAAAUAAGAAGCUCACAUUCUUAUUUUCUCUUUAUUUGUAUUUUUCUCUUUAUUUGUAUUAAUUGAGCUAGUUAACUCAUAUAUAUUUAAUGCGUCUUUUGGAGAGACUAUCUCUCACAACGAUUUAUAUCCUAAUAUCAAAUUCCU